AUGCGACUUAUUAGAAUGUCACAGAUAAGCUUUGGUAAUGCUCUUUUUUGGGGAUCCUUUCUAGUUAGGGCAUUUAGAACGGGGUAUCCGGCUUCUGGAGUCUUUGAUGAGGCUCAUUAUGUGCGAUUUAUUGGGUUAUAUUUAAAAGGAGAGAUAGUUAUUGAUGUACAUCCGCCUUUGGGUCGAUUAUUAGUGUAUGGCCUGGCUAGAUGGACGGGUGGUUGGGGGAGUAGAGGUGGUUUAGAGGUAAUGGGUCAGGAAUUAGGGAAGUUUGAGAUUGGACAGGCCUUUGCCGGUACGUGUUUAGAGAGUUGUUAUGCAGUCUUAAGAUUAGUAUCUAGUUUGGCUGGGGCUGGAGUAGUAGUAGUAUCUUAUCAUACUUUGUUGGUUUUUGGAGUGGCUGAAGAUGUAGCAGCUGUGCUUAGUUUAAUCUUUCUCUUUGAAAGUUCAAUGCAUGCUAUGUUUCGGCUAUUUAUGAUGGAUAGUUAUGUCCUGUUGAGUAUUGGGUUGAUUUUACUAGCACUACUGCAUAUGAACAAGGCCGGGUAUCAAGACAUACAUCUUAGUAGGCAUAAGGUUAAGGUAGAGGUGGGUAUUGGCAAAAGUACAGAUAACGUAAAUGUAUCUAGUGACGUAAAUGUAUUGAGUGGUGUGAAUGUAUUGAGUGGUGUGAAUAGGUGUAAAGAUAACGUAAAUGUAUCUAGUGACGCAAGUGUAUGUAAAGAUAACGUAAGUGUAUGUAAGAAUGUAAGUGUGUCUAGUAACGUAAGUGUGUCUAGCAACGCAAAUGCAUGUAAAGAUAACGUAAGUGUAUGUAAAGGCGAGUGUAAGAGGAGAGGUUGGUUGGGGAGUGAGUUGUGGCGGGGAUUGGGAUGGUCUGUUGUGCUGGGGGGAGCUUUGGGGGCUGGUGCGAGUUUUAAGUGGGCGGUUUUGCCUAUGGGUGGGCCGGUGGCGGCUUACUUGCUUGGGGAUUUACGGCGGAGUUUUCGUAUUCGGCGGAAAAGACAGUGGCGGUGGCUUUUACCGGUUGUACAGGGAAUAAUUACACUGGGAAUAGCCCUGGGUUUGUACUAUAGUGUGUUUUUAGUUAACUUUACGGUUCAGAACCGAUUUAGUCCGGUGGCCGCUCGGUGGUAUACGCCUGAGUACUUGGCAAGUUUAAAAUGGGGGCCUUAUGCCCCGGCGGGAGAGUUAGUUAGUAGUAGUACGCCUUUAGCCGUCUAUGUAGAAGAUUCACGGAUGUUUAUUACUAUUCAGGAGACGGCUUUGGCUUUAACUAGUGAAGCGGAUUAUUCUUGGAGUAUUAUGGCUGCAUCUGUUCAGUCAAGUUCUAAUUUAAGCUACUUUCAGCCUAUUUACAUCCGGCAUAAGUCUGGGUUUUACUUCUCAGCGACUAGUCCUAGUUUCUUGGCCUUAACUCCUUCUGCUUUAAUCUUACAUCCCUAUGCGGGUGGUUUACAAAUUCGCCAGCUGACUAACCAGGCCUUCCGAUUGAGGACUGAAGAGGCCGAAUGGUCUGAUACUCAAGCAACAACUUUUCGACUAGUCACUUCCUCUACGCCCUCAACCACUAAGAUGUACAUUUCUCCGGCCAUUACUUCUCCUUUCACUUCUCCUUUCACUUCUCCUUCUACCCCGCAACCCCUCCGUCGGCAAUUCUAUCGCAACUCCAUCCGAACCCAUUCCAUUACCGCACUUUCAUCCUUCCAGAAGUUCAUUGAAGCCAAUCUUGUUAUGCUCCGUUGCAACAGUACUCUUAGUAGCAACCACAAGUAUGCCUCCCGACCAUUAGAGUGGCUACAUCCCAUUCGUCAUAUCCAUAUGUGGAGUGGAGCGAUAGCUGAAUCACCAGCCGAGCAGAAAAAGUUCGGAUCAGAUGCCCAGAUCUUCUUUAUGGGCAAUCCUCUUAGCUGGAUAGCAGCUCUUCUUAGUAUUUUACUACACACUAUCUAUUUACUAACUUCAUCUACAACUCAAGAUCUUGCCCAUCUUCUUCUCCUCCUAACCUACUACUGCAACUAUCUACCAUACUUCCUACUUUCCCGUGAUACGUAUCUCCAUCACUAUCUUCCUUCCUACUAUGCCUCUCUAAUCUCUCUCACUCUAGUCCUCAACUACCUCUCUCAUCCCACUCCAACAACUCAAACUCAACUAAGCCGCCUCCUUCUUCCAGUUUAUAUUCUCCUUACCGGCACCAUCUGGGCCCUCCAACUUCCCAUGCUCAUUGGCCGUCCAGUUAUGCGCAGUAUCUCUCAACUUGUGCAACUCUUCCAAUGGCUCCCAAGAUCCACUCCACUCCUUGACACAACCUUUGAUUGA